AUGUGUGUUUUCUAUUUAUUCUCUUCCUCUCAUGCAAUCAUUUCCUUGAAACCAGUUUCUGCUGUGAGGAAUAAAGGCAAAGUGACCCAAGGGCAGUUUCCAGUUACAUGGAAUGUUACAGGCGUUGAAGGAGGAACGGUUAACUUAACCUGUCGAGUGGAUCAAAAUGAUAACACCUCCCUCCAGUGGUCAAAUCCUGCUCAGCAAACCCUAUACUUUGAUGACAAAAAAGCUCUAAGGGACAACAGAAUUGAACUUAUCCGAGCUUCCUGGCAUGAACUGAGUAUCAGCAUCAGUGAAGUCUCUUUGUCAGAUGAAGGCCUGUAUACUUGCUCCUUAUUUACGAUGCCUGUCAAAACAUCCAAGGCUUACCUAACAGUUCUGGGUGUUCCUGAAAAGCCCCACAUCACUGGAUUUACAUCACCGGUUAUGGAGGGGGACAUAAUUCAGCUGACUUGUAAAACAUCUGGUAGUAAACCAGCUGCUGAUAUAAGAUGGUUUAAAGGUGACCAAGAAAUCACAGAUGUACAAAAAUUACAAGAAAAAGAUAGUAAUGGAAAGACAUUCACAGUUAUUAGUGUUCUGGAUUUCCGAGGGGAUCGCAAAGAUGAUGGUGCAAUUGUCCGCUGCAGAGUUGACCAUGAAUCACUAAACUCUACACCACAUAUAGCAAUGCAGCUCUUAGAAAUUCACUAUACACCUAGCGUCAAGAUCAUGCCCUCUAUUCCUCUUCCACAAGAAGGACAGCGACUUGUUUUGACAUGUGAAUCUAAAGGAAAACCCCUACCAGAGCCAGUAUUAUGGACAAAGGAUGGGGGAGAUCUUCCAGAUCCUGAAAGAAUGGUAGUGAAUGGAAGAGAAUUAACAAUAACCUUUCUGAACAAAACAGAUAAUGGAACAUAUCGAUGCGAAGCAACCAACUCCAUUGGUAAAAACAGUGCAGAAUACAUCUUGAUAAUAAAUGAUGCCCCUACCACUUUAAUUCCAACCACAAUCAUCCCCCUUUCCACCACUGCAACAGUCACAACCUCUGUUUCCAUAACAACCUGUUCAGCCACAUCCGCUUCCAGCAUCAAAG